CGAGGAGCCGCCGCCGCCGCCGCCGCCGCCGCCGCCGCCGUUCGCCAACAUGGCGGACCUCGAGGCCGUGCUGGCCGAUGUCAGCUACCUGAUGGCGAUGGAGAAGAGCAAGGCGACCCCGGCCGCCCGCGCCAGCAAGAAGAUCGUGCUGCCGGAGCCCAGUAUCCGGAGUGUGAUGCAGAAGUAUCUUCAGGAGAGAAAUGAAAUCACCUUUGACAAGAUUUUUAAUCAGAAAAUUGGUUUCUUGCUAUUUAAAGAUUUUUGUUUGAAUGACAUUAAUGAAGCUGUACCUCAGGUGAAGUUUUAUGAAGAGAUAAAAGAAUAUGAGAAGCUUGAAAAUGAGGAAGACCGCCUUUGCAGAAGCCGCCAAAUUUAUGACACUUACAUCAUGAAGGAGCUGCUGUCUUGCUCACAUCCAUUCUCAAAGCAAGCUGUUGAGCAUGUACAGAGUCACCUAUCCAAGAAACAAGUGACAUCAACUCUUUUCCAGCCCUACAUAGAAGAAAUUUGUGAAAGUCUUCGAGGCAACAUUUUCCAAAAAUUUAUGGAAAGUGACAAGUUCACUCGAUUCUGUCAGUGGAAAAACGUAGAAUUAAAUAUCCAUUUGACCAUGAAUGAUUUCAGCGUACACAGGAUCAUUGGACGAGGAGGAUUUGGUGAAGUGUACGGUUGCAGGAAAGCAGACACUGGAAAAAUGUAUGCAAUGAAAUGCUUGGAUAAGAAGAGGAUCAAGAUGAAACAAGGAGAAACAUUAGCCUUAAAUGAGAGGAUUAUGUUGUCUCUUGUGAGUACAGGGGACUGCCCUUUCAUUGUCUGUAUGACCUAUGCCUUCCAUACUCCAGAUAAACUCUGCUUCAUCUUGGAUCUGAUGAACGGGGGCGAUUUGCACUAUCACCUUUCACAACAUGGGGUGUUUUCUGAGAAGGAGAUGCGGUUUUACGCCACUGAAAUCAUCCUGGGGCUGGAACACAUGCACAAUCGGUUUGUGGUUUACAGAGAUCUGAAGCCCGCAAAUAUCCUCCUGGAUGAGCACGGACACGUCAGGAUAUCCGAUCUUGGUCUCGCCUGUGACUUUUCCAAAAAGAAGCCCCAUGCGAGUGUUGGCACCCAUGGGUACAUGGCCCCCGAGGUGCUGCAGAAGGGGACAGCGUAUGACAGCAGUGCCGACUGGUUCUCCCUGGGUUGCAUGCUUUUCAAGCUUCUGCGAGGGCACAGCCCUUUCAGACAACACAAAACCAAAGACAAGCAUGAGAUAGACCGAAUGACCCUCACCGUGAACGUGGAACUCCCAGAGGCCUUCUCGCCGGAACUGCGGUCCCUCCUAGAAGGCCUGCUCCAGAGAGAUGCCAGUAAGCGGCUCGGCUGCCACGGAGGCGGGGCACAAGAAGUAAAGCAACACAUCUUUUUCAAAGGCAUCGACUGGCAGCAAGUCUACUUACAGAAGUACCCUCCACCCUUGAUUCCUCCCCGGGGAGAAGUCAAUGCUGCUGACGCCUUUGACAUUGGCUCAUUUGAUGAAGAGGAUACCAAGGGCAUCAAGCUUCUUGAUUGCGACCAAGAUCUCUACAAGAACUUCCCCUUGCUGAUCUCGGAGCGCUGGCAGCAGGAAGUGGCAGAAACAGUUUAUGAUGCAGUGAAUGCGGACACGGAUAAAAUCGAGGCCAGAAAGAGAGCUAAAAAUAAGCAGCUUGGACACGAAGAAGAUUACGCUCUGGGAAAGGACUGUAUCAUGCACGGGUACAUGCUGAAGCUGGGGAACCCGUUCCUGACUCAGUGGCAGCGUCGGUAUUUUUACCUCUUUCCAAACAGACUUGAAUGGAGAGGAGAGGGAGAGUCCCGGCAAAAUUUACUGACAAUGGAACAGAUUCUGUCUGUGGAAGAAACUCAGAUUAAAGACAAAAAGUGCAUUUUGUUGAGGAUAAAAGGAGGCAAGCAAUUUGUCUUGCAAUGUGAGAGCGACCCUGAGUUUGUGCAGUGGAAGAAGGAGCUGACCGAGACAUUUAUGGAGGCUCAGCGACUCCUGCGCCGCGCCCCCAAGUUCCUCAACAAGUCCCGGUCCAGUGUGGUUGAGCUCUCCAAGCCUCCCCUCUGUCACAGGAACAGCAAUGGCCUCUGA